AUGAAGAUACCAACGCAGGCGCGCUCGAGCUCUCUGUCGGCGUUGCGAGCCGUUGGAGAAGACGUGGCUGCCAGAGCGUGGUGUUGCUGGUGUGCCAAUCCAGCAGAGCACAAGAUGAACCACCAGGGCGAGGCCAGUUCAGUGGAUACACCAAGCGAUUUGCAACGGCUGAUCUUCAUGCAGUUUGACAAGGAAUUCUCCGGGCGGCUGAGUGCACAGGACUGCCUAUGUUUGGUGGAUGCUCUCUUCCGGGCUCUCCUGAUAUCUCCUGCAGCGCUUUCGGCUCGUGUAGCUGAAGCUCCCGAAGGGCCCAUUGUCACCGGCAGAGGCCCCAGGAGGAGCACCGGGCAGGAGGAGGCUCGGCAACUAGCAGAGUCCAUCGCACAGGCGCGGCUACAGUCAAGGCUGCACGAGGCGGAGCGUGCUGCCGAGCGUGCCGUGGCCACCGUGGGCCCUGCGGGCCCUGUGGGAGGCUUUCUUCCGGAGCCAAUAGCAGCUCCCUUUUCGGAUGCAUCGGUAGCUGAGAGCUCAGAUAUUUGGCCUCCAGCAACUGGCAUUAUGCAUUAA